AUGAAGACGUCUACAAUUUUCUUGGUUUCUCUGAUAAUAGCAGCAGUUCACACUAAUUUUUUACCAGCUGAUGGGUUGUAUCCGUUAGGCAGCUGUGAACCACGGUUUUUGACAUGUUCCGGUGGAAUUGCUCUUAUCAUGGAUUGCCCUGAUGAUCUCAUUUAUCACGAAGGCCUGGAGUUUUGCGAUUGGAGGCACAAUAUUUUUGCAUGUGGCCGAGCUGAAGAAGCUUCUGCAGAAUCAUCCGGUGACGCCUCUGGUGAUGCUACCGAAGACGGUUCCGGUGCUGAGGUCGAGGAUGGGAGUGGCGAGAAUUCCGGAGAGUCUUCAGGUGAUGAACUUCUUGAGAAUGUUUGUGAAAACCUGGUUAAUGGUGUAUACUCUUCGAGACGCUGCACUAACUAUUACUUCAUCUGCAGUUCGAACACUCCACGUUUCCUAAGUUGCCCAACUCCUCUCUUUUAUGAUCCAAUUCAACAAAAGUGUUCGUGGAAAGAAGCAGUCGAAGAAUGCCAGAAAGAAAUAACGACAACAGCAGAAGAAUAUAUCCCCGAUGAUCAACAAAAUAGGGACGAAUCGUCAGGAAGUGGUAGUGGUCACCCCAUCGAGUCUUGCGAAGAUAAAUCUGAUGGAAUUUAUCCAAUUGAUGAGUGUUCCGAAACUUUCCUUACAUGUUCUGAAGGAAUCUCUCGUAUUAUGGAUUGUCCGUCAACUCUUUUCUUUCAUCCUUCUCUUCUUAUUUGCGAUAGGCAACAAAAUAUUAUUGGAUGCACAGGAUCUCCGAAGCCGACACCUGCAUGUGAAGAAGAUGGUUAUUUCUCGUUCGGACUAUGCGCCUCGUCGUUUACUGGAUGCACAAACGGACGAGCUAUCAUAAUGUUCUGUCCCACAGGGCUCAAAUUUUCUCAAAGCACUCAAAUGUGUGAUUACGAGUACAACACUUUGGAGUGCGAAGAUCGGAAUAGAAAAGAUACUCUUCUCAUCCGUGACUCCGCUAUUUCUACAUACGACUGUGCUAUUGAUGGACUAUUCUCAAAUUCUCUCUGUUCUCGAGAUUACUAUAGAUGCCACGGCGGUCAACUCAUAAAGCAUGAAUGUGCCGACGCAAAUGCAGUUUUCUCGAUGAUUGAAGGCCAGUGUGUAGACGCUUCGAACCUUGCUCAGUGUCAAUGA